UUCCUCUCAAAAAUGGCCGCGAAAAUAGGAGUGAAGUUCGUGUCAAAAAAAAUCAGCAAAAUACGAUGGCAACCAGAAACAUUUCAAAACGAAACAGAUAUUUUUGCUACUGGAUCUUGGGAUAAUAAUGUAAAUAAAAUUGAAGUUUGGAGUAUACCAAAGUUGUCACACACAGAAGAAGCAAUAGAACCAGAACAGUUGUGUGGUUGUGACCAUAUUGGUGAUGUGACUGAGCUUAAGUUUGUUGGUGCUAACAGGUUAUUAGCAUCUUCAUCAACUGGAAGUGUUUCUAUGUAUCAUCUACAGACAAGGUCAAAUACAUUAGCAGUUGACCAGAGUUGGGAGAAGCUGCACACGCUGAGUGGAAAGGGCUGCACCUGUACAAGUGUUGUGGUAAACGGCAGCGAUAUUAUAACAACGGGGGAAGAUGGCAGCAUCAAGGUACUGCGAAUGGGUCAGCAGAAACCAGUAAGGUCAAUGGAUGGUGCUGACAGUUGCUGCAUCAAUGCUGCUGUACAAGUCAAGAAUCAUGAGAUAGUUACUACCAACAGUAGAGGGCAGUUGAAGCAAUGGGACCUCAGACAACCUGACAACAAACCCGUCAGCAUCUUUCUACUUACGGGAGAGCAGACAGGUCUUGUGUCUGUAGACAGGCAUCCCAGUCAGGCCCAUGUGGUUGCUGCAGGCGGAGAAGAUGGCUUUCUGAACAUAUGGGAUCUUCGCCAACAAAAGUAUCCUGCCACAUUAUUCACAGCACAUGAUGGACCAGUGUGGGACGUAUGCUUUCAUCAGCCAAGUCCGGAUCACUUAUUCACCUGUUCUAAUGAUGGAUCUCUUCUCCACUGGGAUAAUUCAUCUGCUAGUCUUCAUUCCACCUCUAUUCUUGCUUCUCACGGCAUACCAGACCACCCACCUCAAACAGAACGUGCAUCAGUGUCCUGCUCUUGGCUGUCUGGUGAAAUAGGACAGCCAGACGUUCAAACAGACUCUCUGCUGCCCCCUAGCACAAUGUCCAUCAACAGUCUCGAUAUUCUUGGUCAGAAUAUUGUAUGUGGAACUGACGGUGAAUCAGUAUACUUUCUUUACGGGAUAAAUACAAGAUGAAUUGUGAACCAAAAUAAGGUGUUACGCAACACUGAAAAUUUGUUUUGUCUUAUUUCAUAAUGAAUUAAAUGGUCAAUGAAUCAGUACAGUUUAUAUAUAGCAUAUCAUGUGACUUAAAAGAUGAAAACAUUUGCAAAACUUUGUAUUGAGAGUUCAUUAAGUCAGAGUGCCAGAGUGUCCUGUGCCGACGCCAGCAGGGCGGCAUUGUCUUAAGCCCAAACGUAGGCCGUGAUUUUAACCCAAGAAAGCGUAAUUAGAAUGUCACACAAUUGCCCUGCUUUUCAGUACUAUGAACCAAAGAGUAUAAAACUGUAAGAAGUCCAACUGCCCUGAUUUUGUAUGCAGCAAGGUAUGCAGGAAAUCGAAUGUUAAAAGUACUGCCACGAAAUAGGGGGCGUCCUACACAUAAUUUAGAAAAUUGUACGCAUUGCUUGAUUCUUUUAAAGGCCACGCCCCUUUGUUGACGUACUUUUUGAGUUCCAACCAAUCCCUUAUUACUGCAAGAGGUUUUUACUCUUUGCUUGAACCUUCACCAGAUUUUCUCACCUGGUCCUCAAUGGCCUCUGUAGGAAAUUAUCAGUCCGUUUAAACAGGAGUACCAUGUGAUGUUUGCUGCAAGUCUCCAUAAAAUCGUGGCAGACUCGCACAUGCAGGAAAAAUCUUGAAAAUAAGUUGUCAGUCGGAAGUCAGCUGGCGUUUGGUAUCACCACGUGCAGUAAAAUAAUUAAUGUCUCCUAGAAGUGGCUUCUUUCAAAUGGGGACCCCUGGCUUAUGCCCCUUGAAAGUGUAUCCUAGAGCCGGUACAGGGUGUUUUAUCAUUGCAUCAUGUGUGUAAUCAACUCCCGGGAGACCAUGCAAUUUAAAGAAUUUAAGUAAAUUGCUGAUACAUACUGUCAAACCCUGGAAGUAUUAAUACAUCCAUUCUCAUCCAUACCAUAAACAUUGUAGAGGCCUACCUAUUAGGCCUACAUAAAAUUUAUUUCUUAUGAAAAUGAAUUGCUUAAAGAAUGCUAAUGCAGAACAAAAGAGAAAUGUAUAGAAAAUUUGUAAGGCAUUCCGAUGGCGAUCAACACAUCAGGUAGGGCUAAAUUCAUUCGUAUACAGUAAUUAUAAGUCAUCUCCCAUUUUAACAAAAAAAUGUUUAAAAUCUUGUCUGGGAAUUCACAAAAUCUUUCAAUGAACGGCCACACACUCGAUACGAUGGUAACAUCCUUUGUUCCUAUGAUUGAGUGGCGUUAACUAACGCACGUUCAGGCGGUUUAAUGAACUAGUGCCCCCAUCUCCAGGGGCCCAAAUCUUUUAGGUGCCCCACCUCCUUAUCAAAAAUCUAAUAAAGCAAUUCAUUGAUAAAAAUCUAGAUUGAUGGUAUUUAUCUUUAUGUAAUACUGCAGAUUAUAAUUGAAAAUUCUUACUAACUUUAAAAUUAUCUGUUAUACAUAGCCACUUGAAUCGGGAUGGAUGGAAAUUCAGUGAAACAAAUCUACAGUAUGCAUGCAUGAAAGCGUGCCCAAUAUAAAUCGCCAACAAAUAUCGUUUGUCAGCCAAGGCUCACACUUUCAGGCCCAAUCUGAAGUUUUUAUGUGGAAACUCAUACUUUUUCCAAUAAUUUACAAUAAAAAUUACAAUUUCA